AUGGCUCCCUUCUCGCCUCAUGCUGGGGAAUCUCCGAGUUCAAGCCCCAGGCUGCGUUCAGAGCUCCCCCAAUAUUCCCCCAUUCCAGCCACACGCCGCUCCCUGAGCCCCCUCAUCAACACUCCUUUCCCCGGCAUCGAAUUGGAUCGAGCCCAUGAGACCGAGCCCAAGCGGCAUAGCAUCGCCCGUCGCAUAUGGAACAAGAUCACGUCGUCGUUGGAUUGGGAGGAGUUAGGCUUCUUCGCGCUUCUCUUGAUAGGCUUCGUGUUCUUCUUCGCGUUUGGCGUUGCUUUCUCAUUCGGCCUGAACGUCGCGUCCGUCUACGUUGGUGGACGCAUCCUCCACUACAAAACAUCCAUAGCGACGAUUUACUACAAUGACACCAUCUCGCCCGCCUUCGCACGUGUCGUACUCGCAGGCAGCGCGAUCGUGGACACACUUGUCGUGUUCAUCACUGUCGGGGCAGUCGUGCUGGCUGAGCGUCGUCACCAAGACAAUUCGGAUGCUGGAGACUGGGCGCUGUGGGGAACACUCUCGCUAGGCAUCAUCACAUCGAGCGCGGUUGCGGCAAGCGUGGGGAUCUUGGUUGUACCUGGGGACCUCGCACCGGAGGGGCUGCGCGCGAUUCAAGCCCUGGCAGCGGGGAGCUUGGGGACGAUUAUUGCGGGGAUCCCGCUUUUCAUUUUCAGUGUUCUGUAUUUCAUUGGAUCGUGAUUGUAUCAAUACUGGGAAGAUGUGUUU